AAACGAGAGAGACAAGAACAAAGGAAUCACAUAGAUAGAACCAAGGAAAUAAUCAGAGACAGAGAAACACCCAGAGGAGCCAAUAAACACAGAGACGAAGCGGCGCUCCAAAAUAGAGCUGAGAACCACAUAGACAGAGCCGUAACAAUAGAUCACGAAACUAAAGAAGAGAGAGAAGACGUACAAAAUGUUACAGAGAUUAAGAGAUCUGUGAAAGUUUCGCCGUCGCCGGUGGAAAGAAUCGCCAACGAAGAGCUGCCGUCUCCCUCUCCGAUUGAUGAUCUAGGGUUUGCUUUGUUCGCGAGUUGGGGGAAGAGAAGAGAGAGAGAAAGAGAGAGAGCAGGAUCUCCUGAUAUGAGGAUUUAUAUUUAAUUGAAUAAAAAUAAAUAAAUGGAAACUUGAACCCGGUUAUUGACCGGUUUACACGAUCGGUAUAACUCCUCCACCCAGAUUAAUUAAUCACUGAUCUAUACAUAACUUGGGUUCUUUCUUCCAUCACUAAUGUUCAGUAUCUGCUAUAAUGUUCUAAUAUGUAUCCUCUUCAUUCAAUCCGAGACUAUCCUACAUUACAACAGGGGCAGGGCUCUUGUGUUGUUCAUGUCUUUGUCUUCUCAGUGGUAUCUAUCAUUUGAACAUGUUAACAGAAGACGACGUUGUUUCUUCUUCCUUUUUGGCAUCAGAAUCCGCCACCAUCUAUUCCACUGAUAGAGGCAAGAGACUAUACUCAGUCGAAACAAGCAAAC